CGCUUUUUUACCUCAAAUUGAGUUUUAGCAAUAAAAUGUGUCGUACAUUUGAUGUUACAUUGUAUACGCGAGCCCAAAUAUGUUGUUUUAAUGUGAUCUAAGCCAGCGGUUUAGUGAUAUUUGUCUUCCCCAAUUCACGCCGAGUGCGUAGACUUUCCUUAAAAGGGGCGUUGUUGUAGUCUUGUUUUAGCUUUGUCGCUUCACCGUCCGUUAGUUGGCAGUAAUGAAAACUUAAUGCGGCUCUCAAGCAGCAGGAGUGGAAGCCAGAAGAGUAGAAGGCGGGUCUGUCGCAUGGGCACAGAGGAGCUACUGCGGGGAUGAGUGAAAGUAAAACAAGAGGAUGAUAAAUAUAUUACUCACUUGUCAAACUGAUCACUGUACAUUUUGUUGUCAAUACACACCUGAUGAAUCGUCUCCUCUGAAUGACAAUGAGUCUGGUGCUGCACGAGCUGUUAGUGUGCUGUCGAGGACUAGACAAUGAUAAAGCUACAGAGAGAAAGAAAGAGGUGGAUCGGUUCAGGAGACUCAUUCGUGCGCCGGGCACGCUCGAGGAACUUGAUCGUUUGUCUGGAUGCAGAGCAUCCAAGGGCUCUAAACAACUCACCUGGGAUGCUGUUUUCCGAUUCCUGCAGAGGUUUCUUCAGAAAGAGACCGAGCUCUUGCAAUCGGGAAAAGCCAACGUUUCCGCCACCACGCAGGCCAACCGGCAGAAAAAAAUGCAGGAAAUCAGCAGCUUGAUGAAGUUUUUCAUCAAAUGUGCCAAUCAACGUGGUCCAAAGUUAAAGUGUGGUGAGUUGAUGUCCCACGUGGUGGAGGUCCUACAGAGUCCGUUCAGCUGUGCGGCGUAUGGCGAAGACUACAGCUCUAUUCUCUUGAAGAACAUCUUAUCGGUUAGAAAAUACUGGUGUGAGAUGAACCAGCAACAGUGGCACAGUCUGUUGGAUUUGUAUUGUGGGCUUUUCAAUAAAAGCUCCAAGUAUAUUAAUAGAGUCCAAGUGAGUCGGAUAAUCUACACCGUGGUUCAGGGCUGUUGUCUUCAGACUGAGGGGUUAUCCCACAGUCUCUUUAAGUUUUUCCAAAGGGCUCUAAGCAACACCAGGGCCGAAAAGCAGCUGAUGGUACUGGAGAAUCUGGUAACUGCUGCAAACGUGUUUCUAAAUUCAGUGGUUCUGUCCAGCAGGAAACGAGUGUGCGCUGUGGGUGAAGAAGUUCUGUCGUCUAUGCUGUAUGUUUAUACGCAGAUGAGACCCAGUUCAGUGCUCAAGGAAGAGUUAGUGAAGUUUUUCUACCUUCAGAUCUGCGUUCAUCAUCCCAAAGGGGCCAAGACUCCUGAGACAGGUGCCCAUGCGGAGGACUGGGUCAGAUGGCAGGGUCAGCUCUAUACCCUUUGUGAAGCCCUCAUCAGUGAGAUCGGUCAGAUUGGCAGCAGAGGAAAAUACGCCACAGGCUCUCGUCACAUAGCCGUCAAAGAAAACCUCAUUGAGCUGACGGCUGAUGUCUGCCACCAGUUGUUUAGUCAAGGCACUCAUGUUCAGGUAGCGACAUCAUCUCUGUAUCGGGAUACUCAGCGAGACAGUCCCCAGAGCUGCAAGCGCAGGCGAAUUGAGCAACCGUUGGCAAACUGGGAGGUGAUUCGAUCGAAGCUGCAACCCCACCUUAGCGACUUCGAUAUGAUACCCUGGUUACAGGUCACAGCCGCCCUGAUAUCAAAGUACCCCUCCAUUUUGCCGGCCGAUGAGCUCGUGCCUCUGCUGGGGUUACUGUGCCAGCUCCAGGGUGAACAGCAUCGACGGGGAGAGAGAGGACCGUAUGUCCUGCGCUGUCUGAGGGAGGUGGCGCUCUGCCAUGCCUCAUGUCACUCUGCUGAACUCAGCCGUCUGUGGGGCAAAGUUUGGGCACUGGCUCUGCGAGGAGUCGGUUCAGCUCAGACCGGGACUCUGUGUCUGGAACUGUUGCGUACCAUGGUGCAAGAAUCCCUGGUGCCGGUUGAUAGAGAGUUCUGGAAAGUCUUCUCUGGGGCUGUUUGCAAACCUUCUCUCACUAGUACCCUCUGCCUUGCGCAGGCUCUGUUGAAGCACUCCAUUCCUAACAGUGUUCACAGCAGUGACUUUACCAGUGGCCUUCACAUGGAGACGGGUGGAGAGAUGCCCACCCUCAGAGACUCCAUCAUCAGCUGGCUGCUCAUGAAUGAACAGAGCGAGGAGACGGAGGACAACUGUAGACCUCACCUCAUUAUCACCAGGGAUUUCCCACUGCACCUCAUUCCUAGAAUUUUGGUGUCUUUGACACUUAAAGACAGCAGGGCAGGUGUGGUGUUUCUGAUGGGCAGUCUGUUGUCUGAGAGUGUCCACACAGAGGAGAAAGAAAGUUUAGGGGAGGUGGAGAGUCUGUAUCUGCAGUUCAGUUUUGACGACACGCCUCACUGCUCUACAGUAAAAGCUCGGGGAGAAAGUGUUUGUUUAGACAAGCCACAGUUCACUGUUAUUCAGACUCUCAGGACCAAACUGGAGCAGAGUCUUCUGUCUGUGACUGAGCAACUCUUUAACUGCUACUCUCCUGAUGGUGUGAACGCUCCUCAUGAGUGUGUGUUACGCUGUGGGUUUCUGCUGACCGGAGUUCUCUCAGCAUACGUGUGUAUCGGGCUUCUCACAGAAGAACAGGCCUGUCACUCUCCACUCUUCCUCAAAGCCAAGGCACUGGUUCAAGAAUUUAGUCAUUACGUAUCGACAGUGAAGAGCAAACUUGCAGAGAAUGACACCAUCGCAACAAUUCAAUCUGUCAUGCAGCUGUGCUCAGAUAGUGUCAGCAAAAGAGAAAAGGAGGACAACGUUUACAGCGUCUCUCGCAAUUUAUUCAUGAAGACACUGCCUGCGAGGUUGUUGAAUGAUCUGGGUGAUCUAUCGAAGCAGUUGCUGAGUAACUCAGGUAAAAAAGACAGCGCGGUCAUGGAGAACGAGCCAGUGGAUGAAGACGUGGAUGUGAGCAGGACCCAAACGGAGUAUCAGGAGGAAAUUGACCUGUUUGAAGAUGGAGAUGGACCACACCACAGCACCUCCAGACCGAACCAGCAUAAUGAAGAAGCUGGGGAUUCAAAGUUCAGCACAGGGGCAAAGAGCGCUUUAUCCGAGCAUUUAGCUAACCAGGACUUAGCCUUCCUGUCUGUGCUUGGAUUCUUGUCACUGUGUGCGUCCUCGGAGCUUAACGGCGGGUUCUCUUUUAAACCUGUGGACACACAACGCAAGCUGCUGAAACUGCUGGACCUCACAGACUUCUCUCAACCGCUACACCUCAACAUGUAUCUCACUUUGCUGAAGAAACUUCCAGCUGAGGUCGCAUCUCUGGCUCCUGAAGAAUGGGAUGCUCUUCUCAGUCCUCUGGCUGAUGUUUGUUCUCUCUAUCGGCAAGACCAGGAAGUGUGUGCUGCCAUCUUGUUUGCUUUAAUCCCAGCCAUCAGUUGUUCGGGCCGCAUGGCACCUGAGAUCGAGCAGGAAGAUGAGAUGGCACAUGUGCGUGGAGCUCUGCUUCAGGUUAUGUCAGGUUUCUGUAUCUUGGGUAAAUCUGGCAAAUGCACCUCAGCUGUGAUGGCAGCGCUGGCGCAGUGUUUACUGGCUUUGUUAGAGGCGGACCCGUGCUGUAAGUGGUCAGUCCUAAACGUGAGGGAGGAGAAGCUACCGGCAUCUGUGGUUCUUUUGGCAGAUCCCCAUCAUCAUGUGUGCAUGCUGGCAGCGCUGUCUGUGGAGAGACUGUUUCUUAUAAAAAGAGAGGAUGGUGGAGAGAAGACGAUGCUUCCUCUGAAGAGUCAGCAGAUGGCAUUUGAGAACAUUUACCUUAAGGCUCAGGAGCGAAUAAGGGGUCAGAGAAACUGUUCUCCCGAAGACGAGUCCGAUGAGACUUUUAAUCGACGAGCGACCUUGUUAAAGAGCCUCUCACUGGUGAUGUCCUGCAGCCCCGUGUGCGAGAAGCAAGCCCUGUUUGCUCUUUUGCAGUCCUACAAAGAGAACGCCAUUGACCAACAGCUCAUCACAAAGGUGCUGAGGGGAGUGUCUCGAGCGCUUGGGUACAAGGACCCUGAAAGUUUGAUUCAUUCACACCUGUAUUACCUGGUGGCUGAGUGGCUUAACCAGACACAAGCCGACUCGCGCUACACGCUACAGUCCUUCCCCCACACGCUGAUGGGCUACAGAGAUCUGGAAGAGUUUUACAGGUCUUCCUACAAUGUGCUGAUCCCACACCUGGUCUUUCUGAAUGACUUUGAGGAGGUGAGAUCUAUCGGCGAUCAUCUUCGUCAGGACUGGAAGCAACUGCUGGCUAACUGCUUCUCCAAGAUCAUGGUGAACAUACUGCCACAUUUCGCCCUCGCUGGGCAAGAAGCUCAGGUGGCCCAACAGAGAGAGAAAGCCCACAGGGUGUAUGAUUUACUGAAAGACAGCAACUGCCUGGGAAAACAGCAAAUUGACAGUUUGAUUUGUAAUAACCUCCCUGACAUCGUGGUGGAGCUGUUGAUGACGCUGCAUGAGACGGCAGAAGGGCCGACGGCAGAUAAAGGAGACUUACAGAAGUUUACUGGAGAGUUAGAUCCAGCACCAAACCCUCCAUUCUUCAGCUCAUAUGUGAUCAGAGCCACGCUGGAUUACCUGAGCAAGUGUCACAGUGCCGGAAACAAGUCUCUGGUCACCAUACUGUCCAAGACACCCAUGUCCAUUCAGAAGAUUCUCAUAGCCAUUUGUCAGAAAGCAGCUGAGACCACCAACGCUUACGAGACACACCGAAUCCUGAUGAUGUACCAUCUGUUUGUCGGCCUGUUGCUCAGGGAGGUGAAGGAUGGACUGGGCGGAGCUUGGGCCUUUGUGCUGCGUGAUAUCAUCUAUACACUCAUUCACCACAUUAACAGCAGAUCAUAUCAGCUGAAUGAGGUGUCCACACGUAGUCUCUCUCUGUGUUGUGACCUGCUGUCUCUGGUCUGUCGUACGGCUGUGGAAUACUGUGACGAUGCUCUGGAGAGCCACCUGCAGGUCAUUGUGGGUACUCUCACGGCACAGGUCACCGAACAGUCUGCCAUAUCUCAGCAGGUCCUUCGUCUGCUGAGAUUUUUAGUGAUGGAGAACCCAGAGAACCAGAUGUUGAAGAAAGCCAUACCCCUUCUGGAGCCUUUCCCCGACUGCCCGGCCUUCAGAGAGCUCAGAGCUGCCCAACAUGCUCUCAAAUACAACUCGGGAACAUUCACCCUCAGACAGGAAAUAGAGCAUUUUCUCUCUGUUACGUCAUGCGAUUCGCUGCCGUUGACGCGUCUGGAGGGAUUGAAAGACUUGAAAAGGCAGCUUCACUGCCAUAAACAGCAGAUAGUUCAGCUUCUGAGAGAAUGCCACGUUGACCCAGCGGGCUGUGUUCUGCUUAAGCUGGUUUUGAACCUUCUUCAGCUCUGCAAAAUCGCAGCCAACCACCCCGGCGGAAGAGACAUCCUGGAGGCUGUUGGACAGUGCUUAGGAGAACUUGGACCUGUCGACUUGUCAACAAUAGCAUUGCAUCAUGGGAAGGAUGAGCUGUAUGCUAAGGCCGCCUGUUUGUUUCCCAAAGUUGCUAUUCAAUGGAUCUUCAUCAUUCUGAACUGCAUGGACAACGCACUCACACAUCACAGUAUUGCGGUGCGUCAGGCGGCUGGUGUGUGUCUAAAGAACAUCCUGGCCACCGAGUCUGCUCUUGAAUUCGGGCAAUCGAACAAUAGUAAAAGGAACCCGAUGCUGGCAUACCUAAACCCCUUCCGCUCUGCCAAGAGACGGGAGCCCACCUUGACCGUGGAGGUGACCUCAGAGUCCCGAGAGAGACUGGACAGUCCUGACCUGUGGUCUGUGCAGCCCUGUGGACACAGGGACUGGUUGAAGAAUCUGUGUAUGGCCUUGUUAGACAGCGGAGGAGUCCAGAAUGAGGCUCUGCUUCUCACCAGACCUCUCUGUGAGGUGAAAACCGAUUUUUGCCAGAGGAUGCUGCCGCUCUUUGUUCACGAUAUUCUUCUGGGAGAUGCGGAUGGGUCCUGGAGACAGCUCUUAUCCACACAUAUCCAGAGUUUCUUUAGUCAGUGCUGCAGACCCUCAACACCCACCAGCCGGCCCACCACCCCCAUGCUAUCAGACUCGGGGAAUACAGACAUUGGGAACCAGGCCGCAGUAGAUAAGCCGUCUCUCAGAAGCAUGCUGACAGUCAUAGACUACCUCAGACAACAGGCUCGACCAGUGGCACAUGGAAGUAAUGAAUACGGGACAGUGUGCGAUUCAAACUUCUGGCUGGAUCUGAAUUAUUUGGAGGUGGCUGGAGCCGCUCAGUUGUGUUCUGCCCAUUUUACAGCUCUCCUGUACUCUGAGAUCUAUGUGGACAAGAUCAAAUCCAACAUGGAGCAGAGCCGAAGGUCACAGUCUCGAGUGUCGAGGAGGAUCACAUUUGAAGAGGGCAGCCAGACUCUGUCCAUUGGCACAGUGAAUGAAAAGAGUUUAGAAGACUCUGGCAUCAGUCUACAGGAUCUUCUCAUUGAAGUGUACAGGUGCAUUGGAGAACCUGACAGUCUAUACGGGUGUGGAGAGGGCAAGUUAGUCAGUCCUCUGACUAGGAUUCGAACGUAUGAGCAUGAGGCCAUGUGGGAAAAAGCGUUGGUUUCAUAUGACCUUCACUCCAACCUCCCAGAGGUCACACGACAGAUCGGCAUAGUGGAGGCUCUGCAGAACUUUGGUUUGUGUAGUAUUCUGAGCACAUAUCUGCACGGGCUGGAGAGAGAGGGUGUGGAGUGGAGUCCUGAACUUAGAGAGCUGCGUUUUCAGGCAGCAUGGAGAAAUACACAGUGGGACUGCGAUCUGCCUGAAAGAACUGAGAAGCUGAAGCCUGGAAUCAGUGAGUCUCUGUUCAGCGCUCUUCAGGCUCUGAGGGAUAAAGAAUUCUCCCUGUUUGAGCAAACACUCAACUAUGCCAGAGGUCAUGAGGUGGAGGAGUUGUGUCGUGGCAGUUUGGAGGCUGCUUCUUCACUUUACCCUGCACUUUGUAACCUGCAGAGAAUUGCCGAACUCCAGAGUGUCCAGGAUCUUUUUGCAAGGCCUAUAACUGACUCCGCUCUGAAUGAGGUCUACGGGAAAUGGCAGCAACACUCGGAUCUCUUGACUGAUAGUGAUUUCAGUCUGGUAGAGCCCGUUUUAGCCCUGCGCUCCUCCAUACAGGAAAGCCUGAUUUCCUCAGCGACAGAUCCUGACAGGAAGAACCACCUGAUAUCGGCCUAUUCCUCACACCUGAUGGAGCUGUGCAAACUUGCUCGUGCUGCAGGCAACACACAGCUGGCAGAGCGAGCCGUUUUUCACAUGAAGCAGAAAGGCGUGGACAGCGCUGGGGCCGUGGGCUCGUGGGCGUGGCAGCUGGAGGAGGCUCAGGUGUUCUGGGUGAAGAGAGAACAGGGGCUGGCUCUGGGGCAGCUCAAACAGAUGAUCCACAAACUGGAGGAUCUAGUGUGUGUGAAUCCUGCUCUGGUGCCGGUGUUUUCUGAAUGCUUGAGACUGUGUGGGAACUGGCUGGCCGAAUCCUGUUUAGAGAGUCCUGCUGUUAUACUGGAGAAAUAUCUAGAGAGGGCUGUGGAGGUGAUUGAGGACCAUUGUGCCGGAUCCGACGCUAAACUCCAGAGCCAGAAAACCCAGGCUUUCUUCUCGCUAGCCCGGUUUUCUGACGCACAGUACCAGAGCAUCGAGAAUUACAUGAAGUCCUCUGAGUUUGAGAAUAAACAGGCGCUUCUGGAGAAGGCCAAGGAGGAAGUGGAUCUCAUGCGAGAAAGGAAGGUCAGCAACAACAGGUACACAGUGAAAGUUCAGAGGGAACUCGAGCUGGACAUCAAGGCGAUGGCCAACCUCCAGACUGACCGUAACCGCUUCCUCCUCAAGGCUGUGGAGAACUACAUCCAGUGCCUGGAGCUUGGAGAAGAACACGACACCUGGGUCUUCAGACUGGCGUCCCUCUGGCUGGAGAAUGCUGAUGUCAAAACAGUCAAUGACAUGAUGAGGACUGGGGUAAAGAAAAUUUCGUCGUAUAAGUUCCUGCCCCUGAUGUACCAGUUAGCUGCUCGAAUGGGUACAAAAGUGUCCAGUUCACAGGACGUGGGUUUCCAUAAUGUUUUGAAUGAGCUGAUCUGUCAUUCAUCCCUGGACCACCCGCACCACACUCUCUUCAUCAUCUUGGCCCUGGUCAACGGCAACAAAGAUGAGAGUUUCUCUCGCAGUCGUUCAUCCAAGAGCACACGCCAGCCUUCGCCUUUGGACUUGGAGCGCACCGAGGUAGCUCGAAAGAUCAUUGACGUGGUUCGUAAAAAGAAAGCCAAGAUGAUCAAAGGCAUUGAGACACUCUGCAGUGCCUACAUCACUUUGGCGUACAUGGACGCAAGUCGCCAUAAAACUGAGAAGAAAGCCAUACCGAUCCCGUCUGAACAACCAAUCCUGCAAAUCAAAGACCUUGAUGAUGUCAUCAUUCCCACCAUGGAGAUCAAGGUGGAUCCAUCAGGCAGAUACGAAGACCUUGUGACUGUGAGAUCAUUCGAACCUUCCUUUCACCUGGCUGGAGGCGUCAACCUACCGAAGAUAAUCGACUGUGUGGGCUCAGACGGCGUGACCAGGAAACAGCUAGUUAAGGGUCAGGAUGAUCUGAGGCAGGACGCGGUGAUGCAGCAGGUCUUUCAUAUGUGCUCCACGCUCCUGCAGCGCAACGCAGAAACACGCAAGAGAAAACUCAACAUCCGCCGCUACAAAGUGGUGCCGUUUUCCCAGCGCAGCGGUGUUUUGGAGUGGUGUUCUGGUACCGUGCCCAUUGGAGAGUUCCUGGUUGACCCACUGAAAGGGGCACACAAACGCUUCCGCCCACAGGACUGGACCAACAUGGCCUGUCGCAAGAAAAUGAUGGACGCCCAGAGGCUGGAGUUUGAUGGCAAACUUCAGGCGUUCACAGAGGUGUGCCAGCAUUUCCGCCCAGUGUUUCGAUACUUUUGCAUGGAGCGCUUCCUGGACCCUGCAGUGUGGCUGGAGAGACGAUUAGCAUAUACGCGCAGUGUGGCCACCUCCUCUAUUGUCGGUUACAUCGUUGGCUUGGGUGAUCGACACAUUCAGAACAUUCUUAUUGAUGAAGAGACCGCAGAACUGGUCCACAUAGACCUGGGGGUUGCAUUCGAGCAGGGUAAAAUCUUGCCUACCCCUGAGACGGUGCCGUUCAGACUUUCUCGAGAUAUCGUGGAUGGGAUGGGCUUCGCUGGGGUGGAGGGGGUGUUCAGGAGAUGUUGUGAGAAGACGAUGGAAGUUAUGAGGAGUUCUCAGGAGGCCCUGUUAACCAUUGUGGAGGUGUUGCUGUACGACCCUCUGUUCGAUUGGACCAUGAACCCUCUGAAGGCCUUUUACCUGCAGCAACACGACGAGCAGGCGGAGCUUAAUGCCACGCUUAACUCCACGCCGGGCGGAGACGAGCUCGACGCCCACCGCAAGGCCAGCAGUGACAGUCAGAGCUUUAAUAAAGUGGCGGAGCGAGUGUUGCUCAGACUGCAGGAGAAGCUGAAGGGUGUUGAGGAGGGAACAGUGCUCAGUGUGGGAGGGCAGGUCAACCUCCUCAUCCAGCAGGCCAUGGACACUAAAAAUCUCAGUCGACUUUUCUCCGGCUGGCAGGCCUGGGUCUGAUACACGCCGCAGAUGUUCAUGUUCUCGUACAGACCAAAACAAUCUAUAGUGAAUGAAUGUUAUUAUCAUAUGCAGAUCUGAUAUGAAAUUAUUUUCAGAUGCCUUGGAACUGUUCUCCCUCAUGUCCCCUCGUGGUCUCUGUGACGUUCAAGCUUUAUCUACUCUGAAUGUCCACCUUUGAAAAUACUUGCACUAUUAGCCGACAGUAAAAAAACAAUUAAAUACGUCUAUGCUUGUCUGACAGAUUUCUGUAAUAAAAUAAAAACAUUAACGUUUUUAAAGCGAAAUUAAUUUUCAUUCACCACUCAUUUUAUUUCUAUGUAUUAAAUUGAAAUUUUGUUUCACAAGUGGGGAAAACGAUUGCAAUAAUAACCGUUGUUUGUUCUGGAGAUAUGCAUGUACUGUACGUGCAGAUAUCACUCAUAGGUUUUCAUUAAUAUCUUAUUGAAUGCAAUAAUUAAUUACGGCUAAAUUGAAAAUAAACUG